CCUUGGCUACCUGGGCCACUUGAGACCAGUCAUGCCUAUUCGUGCUCUGUGCACUAUAUGCUCCGACUUCUUCGAUCACUCCCGCGACGUGGCAGCCAUCCACUGCGGCCACACCUUCCACUUGCAGUGCCUAAUUCAGUGGUUCGAGACAGCACCAAGUCGGACCUGCCCACAGUGCCGAAUCCAGGUUGGCAAAAGAACCAUUAUCAAUAAGCUCUUCUUUGACCUUGCCCAGGAGGAGGAGAGUGUCUUAGAUGCAGAAUUCCUAAAGAAUGAACUGGAUAAUACCAGAGCCCUGCUUUCCCAGAAAGAGAAGGAAAAACGAGACAGCCAGAUCAUCAUUGACACUUUGCGGGACACGCUGGAAGAGCGCAACGCCACUGUGGAAUCCCUGCAGAAGGCCUUAGACAAGGCCGAAAUGCUGUGCUCCACCCUCAAGAAGCAGAUGAAGUACUUGGAGCAGCAGCAGGAUGAGACCAAACAAGCACGGGAGGAAGCCCGCCGACUCCGGAGCAAGAUGAAGACUAUGGAGCGGAUUGAGCUCCUACUCCAGAGCCAGCGGCCUGAGGUGGAGGAAAUGAUCCGAGAAAUGGGUGUGGGACAAUCAGCAGUGGAGCAGCUGGCUGUGUACUGCGUGUCCCUCAAGAAAGAGUACGAGAAUCUAAAAGAGGCACGGAAGGCCUCAGGGGAACUAACUGACAAACUGAAGAAGGACUUGUUUUCUUCCAGGAGCAAGUUGCAGACAGUCUACUCUGAACUGGACCAGGCGAAAUUGGAGCUGAAGUCAGCCCAGAAGGACUUACAGAGCGCUGACAAAGAAAUCUUGAGCCUGAAAAAAAAACUGAUGAUGCUGCAGGAAACCCUGAACCUGCCACCAGUGGACAGUGAGACUGUCAAUCGCCUGGUUUUAGAAAGCCCAGCUCCUGUGGAGAUGCUCAACCUAAAGCUUCAACGGCCAGCCUUCGGUGAUGACAUUGACCUCAAUGCCACCUUUAAUGUGGACACCCCUCCUUCCCAGCCCUCCAGCAUCCAGCAUGGCCGUGCCAAAAGGCUCUUCCCAGAGAAAGCACAUUCUCCCGUUCAGGAUGUUCCCAAGAAGAUGCCUCAAGGCCCCAAGCAGGAGUCUCAGCUCUCGCUGGGUGGCCAGCGCUGUCUGGGAGAGCCUGAUGAGGAGCUGGCCAGUGCCUUCCCUGUUUUCAUCCGGAAUGCUGUCCUGGGCCAGAAACAGCCCAAGAGGGCCAGGGCAGAGCCCUGUCGCAGCACAGAUGCAGUAAGGACAGGCUUUGAUGGACUUGGAGGCCGGACGAAAUUCAUCCAGCCUACUGACACGACUAUGAUCCGCCCACUGCCCACGAAGCUCAAGCUCAAGGCUAGGGCAAAGCAGAGAGUGGCAGCCAGGACAGUGCUCCCUCCCUCCCAGGCUAAGCUGGACAGCUUCCUGUCCUAGUGAAAACAAACUCUGGAGCCUGGUCUGACAACAAAGAAAAGUAUUGGAUGUGCUUGAACCAGAUACCAUUCCUCAUUCCUCAGAUCCACUCUAUCAUGGUUGUGAGGGUGGCAGCUCCAGUUCUGAAAGCAGCAGAGUGGACUGGUGCCACGGUGGACAGUAAGGACCUUGUCCUCUAAAAAACCUGAGGCUGUGUGUUUUGGUGGGUCUGGAGAUAAUCUAAGAAGCUUGCUUUGGUUUUAGCCCUCUGGGCUGCUAAAGCUUGCCUGGUGGUGGCAUCUAUCAGAAGAGUUAAAGGGCCAGGGGAAUGCCUAGUGCCGGUUUUUUUUGUUUGUUUGUUUGUUUUCUAGCCAGAAAAACUUUGUCAGGUCACUAGCUAACUGUAGAGAUAAUGGAAAAGAAACUUCAAUGUCCAUACACAAGGAACACACACUUUGCAAAAAUAGUGUGGAAAGUCACAAACGGAAGCAAAAUCUAGCAAUCUCUGAGGAGUAGGAGAAUCUAAUGUACAGAGUUACCACAAUAUAAUACUUAGAAUAUCCAAUUCUCAACCAAAAAAUUACAAAGCAUACAAAUAAACAGGAAAAUAUGGCCCAUUCACAGGGGGGAUAAAAGAUUUUGGCAGAAACUACUACUAACAAAUUUUGAAACUGGAAAGUAUAAUAACUGAAAGAUUCACCAGAGUCACAAAUGUCAGUUGCCUUCUUACAGAUCAGCAAUGAACAAUUUAAAUUAAAUACACAAGAAAUUCCCUUAUGGUGCAGCAGGUUAAGG